CCUGCUUUCACUUUGGUGCCGAGCUCAGGCCCUGGAUGGGGGUGGUGGUUCUCCCGCCCCCCCGGCGUUAAAGGUACAAAAGGAGAAGGAGUGUGGGCGUGGGGAGCAGUGAGAGGAGAGCAGCACCCAGCAGCACCUCAGGACACCCACAGCUCUCCAGAGGUCCAGAGCUGGAGCCAUGGCAGGGGACGGGGAGCUCAGACGCGUCAUCAAGGACCUGCAGAAGACCAUUGCUGAGCUGAACCGCAGCUACAGGGAGCAGAACCUGCCGGUGACGGAUGGCAGCCGGGAGCUGCACAGCCUCUGUGCCCAGCUGGAGUUCCUCCUGCAGUUUGACCUCAAGGAGAAGAAGAGCUUCUUUGGACAGCGCAAGGACUACUGGGACUUCCUGUGCCAGGGCCUGGCGCAGCGUCGGCAGGAGCACGAGGGCGUCCGCUUCGUCACCUCGCUGGACAAGCUGAAGACCCCCGUGGGCAGGGGCCGUGCCUUCCUGCGCUACUGCCUGGUGCACCGGCAGCUGGCCGAGUCCCUGCAACUCUGCCUGCUCGACCCCGAGAGCCUCAGCGAGUGGUACUACGCCCGCAGCCCCUUCUUGAGCCCCCAGCGGCGGGCUGAGAUACUGGGCAGCCUGUACGAGCUGGAUGGCAUCACUUUCCACCUGGCCCUGCACAGGGCUGACCUGGACACUGCCUGGCCCAUGUUCUCUGAGACGCUGGUGCGGCCCAGUGUGGUGAAGAUGACUCUGCAGACAGAAGGUAGCGGCACGGGGGCACAUGGAUGUCCUGAUGGCAUCGCCCAGCCAGUUGCAGUGCCCCACAGGAUGCCAGCCUGUCCCAGCCCAUCGGCAGGGGGUGAGGAGGAGGAUGAUGUGGAAGCAGAAGAGAAUGGAGAGGAAAACAUGGAGGACGACGAAAAGGAGGAGGACAUGCCCAGCACUGCUGAGGCACAGUAUAGCACCAACAUGGAUCCCAACCUGACCCCAACACCCGACCCGGGGCUCACACCCGGCUCCCCAGUCCACAGUGCAAUGGAGGCAUCCCUGCGAGCACAAGUGUCUCAGCUGCGCGCCGAGCUGGGGCGGCAGGAGGAGGCCUGGCGUGCCCAGCUGGAACGGGAGGAGCGGCAGCACCGGCAGAAAGAGGAGCGCAGCGCCCAGCAGGUCCGGCUGUGGGCCCACGAGGCCGAGGCGCUGCGGGACACCAACGCCUUCCUCAGCCAAACGCUGGCUGAGGCGGCGGGUGGCCCGGGGGGGCUGGCACAGGCGCAAGAAGAGGCUCGCCGGUGGCAGGAGGUGGCGGAGGAGCGGGCAGCACGCCUGGAUGAGGCAAUGGCAGAGGUGGCGGUGCUGACCUCACGCCUGCAGGAGUGCCAGGCUGCGAUGCAGGCACGGGGACAGACAGACGCCCCAGCCCAGAUGGCCGCCCUGGAGGAGGUGCUACGGCGGGCACUGGAGCUCUCCCGUGGCCCACUGAUGGACAAUCAGAAAGAGGGGGACCUCAGCACGGUUGCUGGCAUGGCAAUGCGCCUCGCAGCCCUGGUCACAGCAACACAGGAGGAAGCCUUGCAGAGCAGGCAGCAGAUCCAGGCCCUGCGGGAGGAGGUGGUGCGGCUGCAGGAACAGCUCAGCAGGGCUCGUCAGGAUGGGGAGCGCUGGGCAUCAGCCCUGCAGCGGACACAGCGGGAGGUGCAGGAGCGGGAGGCCAUGCGUGGCGCAGAGCAGGCACGGCAGCAGGAGCUCAUCCGCGACAUGAAGGGGCGGCUGCUGGAACUGCUGCGGGAGAAGGAUGCCCUGUGGCAGAAGACAGAGGGCAUUGACCCACAGGCACCCAGCCCGGCGCCCCGUGAUGUGGGGCUGUGCGCCCGCUGUGGCAAGGAUUUUCGCCUGCUGUCCCGGCGGUACAGCUGCAGGCUGUGCCAGGGCAAGGUGUGCCACGCGUGCUCCAUGGACAUGGGGAAGCAGGGGCGAUGCUGCCUGCUCUGCUACCAGCAAAGGCACCCACAGGCUACGUGAGCUGGGAGGACAUCCAACCUGCUGUGCCUGGGACAUGGGGCCGGCGGGUAGGUCCUGCUGCUCUGGUUUUCAGGGUUGAGAUGUCUUUUGCAUGGCUGGCCCAUAGAGAAGAAAACAACCCGGUGCUGAUAUCCCAGUGGCUCCAGUGUCAUCAAUCCGUCAUUGCUGCUUUGAUGCCCUGAGGGGCAUUGGGAAUGGGCAUGCUGCUAUGGGGAAGUCUGAGCCCUCCCUGGGGGGACUGUCUGUUUAUGGGGAUUCUCUGCUGAGACCAGGCUUCAGCCCAUCCUGAUACA